AUGCGCACAUGUAUAGAUGAUGUGGAUGAAGAUGAUUGUCAGUGUCCUCUUCCUAUUGAGAACUACAUUAAAUCCAAUCCUUCUUCCGCACUGAGCGCACGUUGGGUGUACGACCUUCCUGAUGAAGAACAAGGAAGUUGUAUAGCGAAGAUGAUAGAAGAUGCGGUGUAUCAAGAGACAUGGAUUGCAUAUUUUGAUUAUGCAGAGAAAAAGGGUAUUGUUGUUACUGAUGAGGUGGCAUUGGAGGCAAUUCAUGGUGUUGGUCUUGAUCCUCAUAGUGCAUCUUUGUGGUUAAGGGUUAUUCGUUUAAUUUCAGAAGAAGAAAAAAAGAGAGAGCUAUUUCAACUGGCUUUAAGAAUUCCUCUGUAUCAACAGAACCUAGUAUAUAAAGAGUACAAAAACUUUGAGUUAGAAGUAGCAAAGGGAAAUGGACAGACAACACCAAAUUGUAUACCCUAUUCCGAAGUUGUACAAUUUUCUGAAAUUCUUAAAACUGAACCUACAUGGCCUGAUCGUUUUGUAGAUGUUAGAAUGAGCAAGAUUUCCCGCAAAAACGCUCUUUGUGUACAGUGGAAUGAUCUGCUGCGAUCAAUGAUGGAUUACUCUGUUGAAUGCUCUAUACCCCAAGAUCUUCAAUUACGACGAAUUGAAUUGGCAUUUCGACAAUUAUGUACUCAAUUCGCACAAGAAGAUGUAUGUUGGUAUGCUUACGCAUCUUUUGUUGCAGUAGAUUUAAAAGAUGAAACACAAGCUCGAGAGAUACUUGAGAAAGGAUUAACUUAUGUUGGUAAUAAUUCUAUAGCUCUUAGAUCUUUAGAGGCGUUGUUAUCUAAACCUGACUCUGGAUUAAUUAAUGUUUCGAAGCAUAUUGUAAAAGAGGGGAUUUUUGAGCAACGAUUAUAUGCCAAUGCUGCAAAGGAUUCAUUACAAAACAGAAAGCGGUUUAGGGAUGUUGGAAAAAAUGCAGCUGCUAAUAGUGUGAGUGAUUGGAGAAUAUAUCAUCAAUGGGCUGCUGCAGAGCAGUGUGUUACACAAGAUUUUCAAAUGGCUUCCAAAGUGUAUGAGCGUGGUGUUUCAUGCGUUAUAAAGUCAUUAAAAGAUGCUAUAUUACUAUCUGAUAAAGCCAUAAAGUAUCAUCUCUGGCGACAUGAUGAGCGCGAGGCUCUUGGGUAUGCGGAACGUCAAUUGGAAUUACUCUCGUCUUCGUUACAUGAUGGAUUGGUUCGGGCUAGCUGGAACAAUUUAGUAAAUGUUGAAUCAGUUUUAGGAUUACCAUCUUUACCUAAAACAAUAAAAAGACGAACCGAACGCUAUAAUGAACUUCCUCAUAUGUCAAUUAUCGAUAGGUACCGUGUGGGUAAUUAUCUUCCAUGUUCUGAUGAGGAUAUUGAUUGGCUAGAAUUUGUCGAUGAUUUCACAAAAGCUCGCAAAGAGGAGCAAGAACCUGUUUUUGAAACUCUUGUUCCAUUGAAAAAUGCUUCUAUUUCAGAAGGAUGCCUUAAUCAAAAGGAUACCCAUGUUUCUCUACCUGAGAUACCUCUUUGGAGCGUUCUUGAACUGGGUUCAAAUCGCGAACAAUCUUCUUCUGUACAAGAUGCUGAUGAGGUUGUAGGACCACGAACAUUUCGUGGAAGACUUGUAUAUAAGUUAAAAAUUGAUGAUAAAACUGAUGCUAGAAUGAAAAGAGAAGAAAGAAUACGAAAAGAAAUGGAAGGUAAUGAGGAAAAUGAUAAGACGCUUGGAGGCGUUCAUAAUGCUCUACACGUUCUUGUUGAGAAAAUAAGCGCGAAAAAAUGGAAUCCAACUCAGUUAAGAAUAUGCAGGAAUCUCAGCGUUGAUUGGCUUAUGAACACACUUACAAUGGGUGAGUUGGAUCUUGUGAAAAAGCGGAGGUAG